AUGGGUAGUGGUAGAGCUGCCAUGAAGAGGCCUGCUUCCAAGAGUGUGGCCAUGAAGAAGGUAGUGAAACCGAAGAGCAAGGCAGCAGCCAAAGGAGCUAGGGCCAAAAAGAAACCAGCUGGACAGACUGGUGGGAAGAACCGGGGCCUUCUCAAGAAGCCUGCCAAUGCUGACCCUGAAGCAGAGAAGGUGGCAGAGGAAGGAGAAGAGGAGGAAGCCUUUUCAGAUGAUGAGGUGGUGAACCCCAAAGUGACAGCAAAGAACUUGAAGACCCACCAGCAGCUCCUGGCUGCCAAGCUCUGCAGUGCCAAGGAGAUUGACAAGGCCUUGGCUAACUUGCCAGCAAAUGAGGCCCAGGUUCUGUGGAAGAAAUUCAAAAAACAAAGGCAGCUGGCUGGAGAAGAUGCUAGCUACAAGGAUGUGACCAAAGGGCUGGGCAGCCAAGAGAAGAAGCACCAGCUUCUCAGGUCCUUCAUCCUGGACAAGGGCAGCAUUGGAAAGAACUACAAGACUGCCAUGUUGACCUUUGGCAAAGAAGAGAAAGGUGGAGAGGCCAAGCUGAAGGCAGGAACCAUGAAGUUCAGGAAGAGCCCCAGUGACCCCAGGUUCUUUGAGUUCCUGGACAGUACUGAAUACUACAAGUGGAGCCAAACAAAGAAGAGAAGAACUGAGUACUCCACUGACAAGCACAAGGCCAGCAAGGAUGACUGGCUCAGCAUGGAGAAUUUGUCCCUGGAGGACAUUGGGGAGGGCAGCUUUGGCCUUUCUGGAAAUUUGGAUGACAUGGAGAUGGAGCCUGAGCUCAAAGACUUCUUCCAGAAGCAGCUGGCAGUCAAAGACCUAGAUGAGGACCGAAAAAAGGAUGAGAACAAGAAACCUGAGGAGAAGAAAAAUGAAGACAAGAGGCCUAAGUGGGAGGAGAUGAGCCAGGUCAGCAAGACAGACAACAAGGACUCCCUGCUGAAGAAGCUUCUGGCCUUCAAGACUGAGCUCUGCAAAGAUGAAGCGACACUGCAAGAGGCCAGGCUGGAAGCCAAAGGCAAGUCUUCAAAUAAGGAUGAUUUGAAGAUUCUGCAAUCAGCACUGACAGCACUGCAGGCCAGCCAGAAAAAGAUUGAGAAGGUCAUCUCAGGAGGCUGCAAGAAGGAAGCUGCCAAGGAAGCUUUGCUUGACAGCUUUGCUGCCUUGGAGAAAGGAAAGAAGUGCAAGAAGCUCUUUGUGCCCACUAAGAAGAAGACUGGUGAUGGUGAAGACUAA